UUCACCCAAAAAGGAAAUUUCUCUUCACUCUUGUAGCCACAUUUUAUACAAUUCAUUGUGUUUCGGAUUUCAAUGACGACCACUACCAAGAGACUAGAAGGAAAGGUAGCAAUAAUAACCGGUGGCGCAAGUGGAAUUGGGGAGUGUACCGCGAUUCUCUUUGCUGAUCAUGGAGCAAAAAUAGUUAUAGCCGACAUCCAAGACCAACUUGGUCAGUCCGUUUGCGAGGCCAUAGGCCCCGCAAACUCCAUAUACGUCCGUUGUGAUGUAACCAACGAAGAGGAUGUAAAAAAAGUUGUAGACACCGCAAUCUCCACUUACGGGAAACUUGAUAUCAUGUUUUGCAAUGCAGGGAUAGUAGAUCCUAACAAGGCACGUAUCGUCGAUAUUGAAAAAACAGACUUUGAGCGUGUGCUUAAUGUCAAUGUGACUGGCGUGUUUCUUGGCAUGAAACACGCUGCUAGAGUUAUGGUUCCAGCACGAUCAGGCUCAAUAAUAUCAAUGGCUAGUCUUGCUUCAAAUAUUGGUGGUGCGGCUUCACAUGCUUACACUUGUUCAAAGCAUGCUGUAGCCGGCUUAACCAAGAACCUAGCAGUAGAGCUUGGGCAAUCUGGGAUUCGAGUCAAUUGUUUGUCACCUUAUGCAAUGGUCACACCAUUAGCCAGUAGUUUCAUGGGGCUUGAAGCGGAAGCUCUUGUGGAUUUACUGAGCUCACGCGCUAACCUUAGAGGUGUGACGCUCACUACGUAUGAUGUUGCCAAUGGGGCUCUUUUUCUAGCUAGUGACGAGGCUAAGUACAUUAGUGGACAGAAUAUGUCUAUUGAUGGUGGAUUGAGCAUCGUUAAUCCAUCAUUCGACAUGUUUAAGUAUCCACGGGAUCUUUAAAUUUGAAAAUGUUUUUUUUUCUUUUUCUUUUUGUUGUUCAAAAAAAUAAUAUGAAUUUGAAUUUUUAA